AUGCAUUCAGAAAAGCCUUCAACUUGGGAACGCAAAUGCAAAACUUGCAACAUCAAAUUCACCAAUGAGCGAUCGUGUGCCUUACAUUUGCAACAGUACACUGACCAUCAGCUAGAAUCAGCGGAAGAAGUCAAAGACAGGGUAUUUAGAAGUCUCGCAAAUAAUUUUACAGAGUCAUUGACAAAAAGAGGCUCCUCAUCAUCAUUGCCCAGUACCACAGCGCCAACCAAAAGACCAAGUUCAAGUUCCAAAAAAUCAGCAUCGAGUUCAAGAAAUUCAUCGGUAUCCAGUCCAGGAAAGAAAAGAAAAAACAUAAUAUUCACAAAUGCUGCCACUGUUCCAAGCUCGCUAUACAAGGAUAACAGAACCAAGUUUACUCAAGAUCUUGUGUUUAUCAGUGAUGAUCAAGAAUCUUUCGAGCCAAUAUAUGGACCCGACAACCCAGUUAAAGAACUACCAGUGCCAGUGGCAUCUAAAAGGGCCUAUUGUUCACCUUCACCUUGUCAAUCGCCAAAUCAGCCUCCUGUUAGCUCCAUGGGCCCAGAAACAUAUUACUCCAUGAACCAGUCGCGGAGAAAAAGUUCUUCAAGUUUUAGACCUCCGACAUCAUCUUCAUUCAGCUCCACUAGACCCGAAACUGGCAGAAGUUCUAUAAGCUCAAUGAACCAAGAUGAUCCUUUGUAUCCUUCGUUCAAAUCACCAUUUCUUCCAUAUCAACCUUCUCAGACAUAUCCUUACCCAAACCAGCCAAUUAACUACGCACCACAGUCACAAUUUCCACCAUCAAGAAGCCAUUCUUUUUCUUUACCUCCUCGUCAAGCUUCUACUUCAACAGCAUCGAUAUCAUCAAUAUCAUCUUCGUCGGAGAUAUAUCCGCAUCAAUUAUACAGUAGGUACUCAUUUCCUUCAGGAAAUCAAAGCCAAGGUCAAUUGGAAAGUCUGAAAUUAAUAAUGCCCAAUGCUAAUGCCUCAACAUCGAAUAUCGGUGCCAGUUACGAUGGAUCGAACUUUAGAUCUCCAUCGUCAAGCUCCAGAAGAGGCAGUGUCAGCACUGGAUUUUCAGAAGAGCCAAUUACUUUGCCAUCAAUAAAACAAAUAUUUGAAGAUCCAGAUGUACUCAAUGAUUUUCAUGCAAAUAAAUAUAAUAAUCAUAAUGGCGGAACCAAUCCCAAUGAUCGAACAAAGAGAUUUUCAGGACCAUCAUUCGACAAUCCAAGAAAAAAGUAG